UUCUGUUUCCUCGUUUUGUCAGAUUGCGUGAAAUCCAGAUGAGCGAAUAUGACGCCGAGAUGUACGAAUCUUACUCGUCACGUGUUCGCCGCCAGGUCCAGUCUCUGCGCGUCAUUCUUGACAGUCUGCAGGCCCGGGGAAAAGAGCGAGUGUGGCUUCGGAACCAGACCUCUGGCGAGCUGGACGACGGCAAGUUAAUCGAAGGACUAACUGGAGAAAGAGCGAUUUACAAGAAACGAGGAGAGGAAGACCCCGAGCAAGGAACUCCUCAACGCCUUCCUAAGCGCCUACGAUUUGUAGUGGAUGUCAGCGGUAGCAUGUAUCGAUUUAACAGCUUAGACGGGAGACUACGGCGGAUGAUGGAGGCAGCGUGCCUGGUGAUGGAAGCAUUUCAUCAGUAUGACAACAAAAUUAAGUACGAUAUCGUUGGCCAUUCCGGCGAUUCUCCCGAGAUUCCCUUCGUUUCCCAUGAUGCACCGCCAAAGAACAACAAGGAGCGCCUCGACGUCAUGAAACAGAUGCAUGCGCACGCGCAAUAUUGCUGGAGUGGUGACCAUACUUUGGAAGGCACGGAUUUAGCGAUCACGCGGAUAACAGCCGAGGAGGCCGACGAUUAUUUUGUUGUCGUACUCAGCGAUGCAAAUCUCGAGCGAUAUGGUAUACCCGCUGAGGCUUUUGGGAAGGCAUUGACGUCAGAUCCACGUGUGAACGCCUUCGCUAUUUUCAUCGGUUCCCUUGGUAACCAGGCAGACAGGUUAGUGAAAAAGCUGCCAUCAGGUCGGGCCUAUGUCUGCAUGGAUACCAAACAUCUGCCGCAAGUCCUGCAACAAAUCUUCACCUCCGCCAUGUUGACUUCAAAAUAAUAACUGAAUCAACGAGAUCUAGAGCUUUGAGUUAUGGGAUAGGUCAUGUAAAGUGCGAGGGAAGUCUGUUGUUAGAAUCAAUAAAGAACUUCUGAAUUACUUGA